AUGGCAUCACAAAAAGCAGAGUUCAUUAAAGUGCCGACCGAUAACUCAGAUGGCUUCCAGACAAUGCCCACAGAGCCCUCAAGACGGCUGUCGGAGUCGGAGUUGCGGAUCGAGAAAUGCACGCCUGAUGAUGCUGUGAAGAUCGCCGAAGGCCUCUACCUCUGCUUCCCAGAAGACUGGUGGGCAAAGAAAGAACCGCCCGAGCUACGCCCCAAAGGCGACGACAGUCUCAAAAUCCGGACUCAGCGCAUGGCCCAACGACUAACCCCCGCCAUCACUGAUCCCCAUCAUUGCUUCAUGAAAGCCGUCUAUACCCCCACCGGCGAAACCGUAGGAAUAGCAGGCUGGACCCUUCCCUCCAACCCCUCCGUACACAACCUCUUCCGACGCAGCGCCGCGACGCAUUACUCCUGGGCAGAACAGCAAUCCUGGACCGACGCCGAUCUCGAUCUCAUGUGGUCGCACGUCUCCUCCGAGAACUGGAGCGAGCGCUUCGCCAAAGACGAUGAGGACUAA